GAAGGAAGAGACAAUGUUCUCCCACUCAGAAGAUUGGAAGAGACAAUGUUCUCCUACUCAGAAGAAGGAAAGACAAUGUUCUCCCAUUUCAGAAGCAGGAAGGGAAAAUGGUCUCCCACUCAGAAGAAGGAAGAGACAAUGUUCUCCCACUCAGAAGAAGGAAGAGAAAAUGUUCUCCCACUCAGAAGAAGGAAGAGACAAUGUUCUCCCACUCAGAAGAAGGAAGAGACAAUGUUCUCCCAUACAGAAGAAGGAAGAGACAAUGUUCUCCCAAUCAGAAGGAGGAAGAGACAAUGUUCUCCCACAUAGAAGAAGGAAGAGACAAUGUUCUCCCAAUCAGAAGGAGGAAGAGACAAUGUUC